UGCAGUCGUUGCUUCAUUUAUGUAAAACGCUGCUCGCUCUGAAUGCCACUUCUCCACGACGCAACAAUGGACUUAAAAAGUUUAUUCGCACUCCUCUCUAUGGCCAUUUUGGUAAAGAGUCGUGCAGAAAUUCCAGAUUCGACCAAUGAUAAUGAGACUAUUCAGCCCUUUUCUUCAUCAAGCCUCUGUUUUGGCAGGUAUGACAACCUGCAAAAUGAAUUUUGCAACUUCAAAAUCAACAAUGUCGAAGAGAAACUUUCGGCUAAGCUAAAUGAGUGCGAUUAUGAACUGACAAGGUGGAAAAUAUCACUCCAAGAGCAACACAAAAAUUUCCAGGAUAAAAUUUCAGCCCAUAAAAAUGAGUGCGAUUUGGAGAUGAGGACUUUGAAGGAAUCGCUGCAACAGCAAAAUCUGACAUUUCAAGAGGAGCUGCUGGUGCAAAAUAACACCUGCGACUCAACUUUGAACAGUUUGAAAUCGGCGUGUGAACUGAGGGAGAUUUCACUACAAACAAAUUUGACUGCGGAGAGAAACCAAUGUGAUUCAAAUAUCAGCGACUUAAAAGCAGCGUUUCAAUUACAAUUGGAUGUGCUGCAAAAUAAUUGUUCAGCAUCCAGAGAUGCCUGCAAUUCCCAGAUAAAUCAGUUACAGAAUAUGUAUAAUAUUGACCUCGCGAAAAAGCAGACGGAAUGCGACUCAACAGUAGCAGCUUUAAAGAGUUCAUUUGCGCAACAGGAGAAAAUCUGGAUCGAGAGCCGAUUAUGCAGCGUUACAAUAAGAGAGAUAGCAAGGAGACGCUACGUAGACUGCAAAUUCCCAAAAGGCUCAGAAAAUUGGCUGCAACUGUCGACUGGCUUCUAUUACUUUUCCAAGCACCAUGAAGUGGUAAAUUGGCACGUGGCAGAUGCGAAUUGCAAAAUUAUGGGAAUGCAGCUGGCAACCAUUGAAACUGCACACGAAAAUAAUGUUGUUAUCAACCAUCUCAACACUCUAGGUGCACCAGAUAGGGCUAUGUUUUGGAUCUCGGGCACUGACCUGGGCGCUGAGGGAAGAUUCGUUUGGAGCACAACCGGGCAGCGAAUUGGCUUCUCGCAGUUUCACAGAGGACAACCGGACAACAUGCGCAGAAGGGAAAACUGUCUCCAGUACUACAAAGUGGGCUCCUUCGCUUGGAACGAUUACGAAUGUGACAAAGGCAGCAGAUACAUUUGCGAGCUGCAAUACUGAUUGUGAGCCUUUCAUUGCACUGCAGGAUUUAGAUUUUUUGUAGAUAGAUUGAAAAUGUGCUAGAUCAUGUUUGUGUUUAUCUGAAACUACUUUGAAUAAAAUAAUUCUUAACUAGAAGAGAUCUUUGAGAAAAAUUCCCUCAAGGUAUGAAGCAAUUAUGUAACUAACAUUAAAUUAUUGUUAAAUUAAUUAUGUUGUACGAAAUAAACUUUGGUUUUUGUUUUGCUCGAUUCUU